GCUGCGUAGGCAGGAGUCGGGGUGGCCACUGACGGAGUCUGAAAGGAUGAAGAAGGGGCAUGGAAGAUGCUUUAUACUUUUUUCCUUGCCUUCUGACUAAAGCUUAAGGAACCAGCAGCAGGAUGGGAGGUGACAAUCUGACAGAUGAAUGUUACUGUCCAUCUGCCUGUUUGUUACGAUGAAGAGAUUAGACAGAAUUGUCUCUUAGAAGGAACCAACUUGCUGUUGGCAGCUGGUAUUAUUUACUGACCAAAAAAGAGCUGUGAACACUUUUUUCCAUUGUCGUGGUCCCAACGAUGGCAGAGAAACAGAUUAGUUUGCCUGCAAAGCUCAUCAAUGGAGGAGCUGCUGGAAUCAUUGGAGUUACUUGUAUAUUUCCAAUUGACCUAAUUAAAACCAGGCUACAGAAUCAGAGGACUGGGCAGCAAAUCUACAAAAGCAUGUUGGAUUGUCUAAUUAAAACACUACGUUCAGAAGGCUAUUUUGGAAUGUAUAGAGGAGCGGCUGUAAAUUUGACCCUUGUAACACCCGAGAAGGCAAUCAAACUAGCUGCUAAUGACUAUUUUAGGCAUCUCUUGGCCAAGGAUGGAAUGACCCUAUCUUUAGCUAAGGAGAUGAUGGCAGGCUGUGGUGCUGGAACCUGCCAAGUUAUCAUCACCACACCUAUGGAAAUGCUGAAAAUCCAGCUGCAGGAUGCAGGGAGACUUGCGUCGCAACAGCUGAUGGGCAGAGUUCCCUGUUCAACACCUGGAUGCAAGCUUGUAGCUGUCAGCCCUGUUCUGACCAGAGCAUACAAUGUAGGACCUGCUGUCCUUCCAAGGAAGAUAUCUGCAACUCAGAUAGCAGCUGAGCUUCUGCAUGCACAGGGCAUUAAAGGACUCUACAAAGGUCUUGGAGCCACCUUGCUGAGGGAUGUCCCAUUUUCCAUCAUCUACUUUCCACUAUUUGCCCAUCUGAAUAAAGCAAAACAGGAUUCCUUGGAGGAGAGAGCCCCUUUCUUUCAGUCUUUUCUGGCUGGCUGCAUGGCUGGUUCAGUGGCAGCGGUAUCAGUCAAUCCUUGUGAUGUAAUAAAAACUCGUCUUCAGUCAAUGGGUAAAGGAAGAAAUGAAGAGAGCUAUAAUGGAAUUAGAGAUUGUGCAAGGAAGAUUUGGAUGAAUGAGGGCCCCUUAGCCUUCUUAAAGGGAGCUGGCUGCAGAGCUCUGGUUAUCGCACCUCUCUUUGGUAUAGCCCAAAGUAUUUAUUUUAUUGGCGUUGGAGAAUUUCUCAUUGAGCUGUGCCAGUAUGGAGGACUUUCCCCUUAGAACUAUCUUCUCAUUCAUUGGAACUACUAGAAAAGAAUCCACAACUACCACCGGCAGACAGCUCUCAAGAAAACAAUGGCAGCUCAGACUGACUUAUUAAUGUUUGUUCUUCCGAGAAGCCUGGAGGCAAAGCCCCAGGGCCUGGUAAAUGGUUCUAAGAUUCUGGAGACUACAUGCUUUGAUUGUAAUAUGUGAUUUCUUGUGACUUUAAAGGUCAGAGUUGUGAUGCCAAGGGCAGACAUCUGAAUGUGUGAAGUGGAGGCAAGUUUACUGACUCUGGGAGUUGAGAGAUUGGAUCCUCCAAGAACAGAAUGACUCAGGCUACUUUUAUUGAGAAUGUAUCAGAAAGCUUUGUUUAUAUGUGAAGUAAAAAAACCUUUUAAAUAAUACUUGUGGGGCCAAAUCUCUUUUGAAUUGGUUGAGGACUAAGUGAGACAAGUUGCACUUGGGAUUGUGUAUUGGUUGUUGACCAGCCACAGCUACAAUCUUUUCAGCCACCGUGACAUGAAAUUCAACAAAACUACCUUUGUUAUCUUACUCAGCAGAAGUAAACUGGGGAACAAAACUCUGUGAUUUUUUAAAUACAUCUGUGUUUUAUAACUUAUAACAGUAUCUUAAAGUCAAGAGUUUGCUUUCUGUGGCAACUGUUCUCUGCCAAAGCAACUUUAGACUAUGAAAGGGUAGCAGGCACAGGUUGUCGGGAUUGCUCUCCAGAACCUACUACAGCUUCACUGGAAGCUGGGGGGGUAUGCCUGUUUGUUAACAAUGUAUUUUGUGACCAAACUGCUAAGCAGUGUAUCUAUGUGUUAUGAAGCUGUAUGCUAAGUUCAUGUCACUGGGCUUACCUGAGAGGCUGUCAUCAAAGUGGGGAGGGGGAGUUGUAUAUACUCUUUAUUGAGAAAGUAUAAGUUGGUCUCUAGACAACUUCCAUGUACAUGGUGCAAGAGUGAUACACUUCUACCCAGGCACAAUAAAAAGAUUCAAGCUGGAGUAGCGACAAUU